AUGUACGGUGGCGCAACUCUCGUGGAGGUGGUGGCUACGGCGGUGGGGGGGGGUGGUGGGUAUGGCGGCGGUGGUGGUGGGUAUGGCGGCGGUGGUGGUGGCUAUGGCGGCGGUGGUGGUGGCUAUGGCGGCGGCGGUUACGGUGGAGGUGGUGGACGUGGAGGUGGUGGACGUGGGGGUGGAGACGGCGGUGACCUUGGUUCAAAUUUAGACUCUCAUAUUCAAUGGGACUUGUCCAAGUUGCCUGUAUUUGAAAAAAACUUUUACUAUGAACAUCCAGACGUGACGAAACGUUCAGAAGAUCAAUACGAUGGUUGGAAACGUGAACAUCAGAUUACUGUAUCAGGCAAAGGUGUACCUAAAUGUGUCAUGUCAUUUGAGGAAGCAUCAUUUCCUGAAUACGUGUUAGAAGAGAUAGUACGUCUAGGUUUUGACAAGCCAACACCUAUUCAGUGUCAGGGAUGGCCCAUGGCACUUUCUGGACGCGAUAUGGUCGGUAUAUCAGCGACAGGUUCGGGCAAAACACUAGCUUUUUUGCUACCUGCAAUUGUGCACAUUAACGCACAGGUUCGUAGUUUGCAGCAGAGUUUGUGCAAAGAAUUGUAUAAUUUAAGGAUGAAAGCAGCUUCCAUGGCGCUGCACUGCUGCCUUUUUCUUCUUUCGCCGAAGUCCUCCAGACAAUCGAUCCGUGCGAAAACUGCAUUGCCUUACCUCCAGCCUGGAGAUGGUCCGAUUGUGCUGAUCAUUGCUCCGACACGUGAGCUAGCUGUCCAGAUUCAAGCCGAAUGCAACAAGUUUGGUGCAAGUUCUAAGAUCAAGAACACUUGCGUGUACGGCGGUGUCCCUAAAGGUGGUCAGAUUGCUGAUCUUCGUCGUGGCGUGGAGGUUUGCAUUUGUACGCCUGGUCGAAUGAUUGAUAUGCUGAGUAUGGGCAAGACCAAUUUGCGCCGUGUGACCUACUUAGUGCUCGAUGAAGCUGAUCGCAUGCUUGAUAUGGGUUUUGAGCCACAGCUGCGCAAGAUCGUUAGUCAGAUCCGCCCUGAUCGUCAGACUUUAAUGUGGUCGGCGACCUGGCCAAAGGAAAUUGUGUCGCUUGCGAACGACUUUUUGACAGACUUCAUUCAGGUGACAGUAGGAUCGCUUGAUCUUACUGCGAACAAGAAGAUUAAGCAGAUUGUGGAAGUCAUGGAUGACCAUCAAAAGUAUACUGCGUUGCAGGAACACCUGCGCGAUAUGUACGAGGGCGGUCGUAUCAUUAUUUUCUGCGAGACGAAACGCGGUGCCGACGAACUCAGUCGCAACCUGCGCAACACUCGUUAUGUAUGCAAGGCAAUCCACGGCAACAAAUCACAGGAAGAGCGUGACUACGUAUUGCGUGAGUUUAAGGAAGGCAAGACUCAAAUUCUGGUAGCAACAGAUGUGGCGUCUCGUGGUCUGGAUAUUAAGGAUAUUCGAUAUGUGAUAAAUUUCGACAUGCCGAAAAACGUCGAGGACUACAUCCAUCGUAUCGGUCGUACAGCGCGUGCAGGCAACAAGGGUACAGCGAUCUCCUUCUUUACGGCCAGCAACAACGCAAGACUGGCUGGACCUUUGGUGAAGAUUAUGGAAGAGGCUGAACAGGAGGUGCCACGUGAGCUGCGCGACCUUGUAGGUCGUGGCGGCGGUGGUGGCGGUGGUGGUCGUGGCCGUGGUGGCUACGGCGGUGGCCGCGGUCGCUGGUAA